ACGCGGCCUGGUGUUGACACUUCCGGGUGGGACUAAAGUGAGGUGGCGGGGUAGGGGUUGGCAGCUCCGCUCGCAGCCAUGGCGUAUCACGGCCUUACGGUGCCACUCAUCGUGAUGAGCGUGUUCUGGGGCUUCGUCGGCUUCCUUGUGCCCUGGUUCAUUCCUAAGGGUCCUAACCGGGGAGUUAUCAUCACUAUGUUGGUGACCUGUUCAGUUUGCUGCUAUCUCUUUUGGCUGAUUGCAAUCCUGGCCCAACUCAACCCUCUUUUUGGACCACAGUUGAAAAAUGAAACCAUCUGGUAUCUGAAGCAUCAUUGGCCUUGAAGAAGACGACAUGUUCUGCAGUGCUCAGUCAUUGAGGUCAUGAAGAGAAUUCCUUCUAGAUGCAAAAUCACCUCCAAACCCAGAUCACCUUCUUUGACUUGUCUAUUUUGGGCAUCAGCUGCCUUAAAUGUGCACACCACAUUUGAAUAUCUUAUUCUACAAUGCGGUACUUUUUCCUUCGCCUUUUUUACACUUUGAUGAAUUAUGUGCCUAUUUACCUAAACUGUGUCGACUCCACAGAAUGUUUUUGUACUCUUCUGAGGUAGAAGAUAUUCUUCUGAUGAAUAUGUUACUCACUUGUUGGAAUUUGUGGAUUUGAAGAUGGCUUCUGCCUGCUUACAACAUGGGAAUCAGCGAAGUGGUUAAAAACUGCUGCAAGACGAACAUGUUUAGAGGGAAGACCUGUUCCAACAGAAUAUUACAUCAAACUAUGUUUUCAGGGUGAAUUUCUUAUUUCUGCCAUCUUUUGGAAUAAAUUAUUUUUCUGCUUUCUAUGGAAA